AUGGAGAAAUCUCGAUCACUGUUGAUUCUAUACGCCACUGAGACGGGCAACGCGUUAGAUGCUGCCGAACGAUUAGGCCGUGAAGCUGAAAAAAGAGGCUGCCCUAUUCGUAUGUUAUCCCUCGACGAAUUUGACCCCAGCUCCUUACCUUGUGAAGAAUAUGUAAUUUUUGUGGUGUCCACAACUGGACAAGGGGACACCCCCAAUUCCAUGAAGGCGUUUUGGACAUUCCUUUUGCGAAGAAGUUUAAACCAGCAGUGGCUCGAAAAAACAAACUACACAGUAUUUGGAUUGGGAGACUCUGGUUAUCAGAAAUACAAUUUUGUUGCAAAGAAGCUUGACAAAAGACUUGCAGAUCUCGGGGGAACUACAAUUCUUGAAAGAGGUUUGGGAGAUGAUCAACAUCCUUCAGGAUAUGAAGGGUCCUUAGAUCCAUGGAUGUCAUCUUUAUGGACCAUGUUAUAUAAUAAAAAUCCAAAAUUCUUCCCAAAAGGUUUAAAUAUUUCUGUGUCUGAUAUGAAGAUGCUUGGUCAACCAAAAGUGGAAAUCACAUAUCUUGACUCGAAUGCAGUGCAUUCACAACCUUCAGCACAAAUUGAUUUGAAGUUACUUGAGAAGGAUAUAGUGAGGUGUCGGUCAAUGUUGUCCGCGAAAAAGUCAAAUGACAAGAGUAAACCCGAUUGCUUCUUGAAACUGGUUAAAAAUCAUCCAAUUACUAGAACAAGUUAUGACAAAGAUGUACGCCAUUUGGAAUUUGAGCCACUUUCAUCUACUAUCGAGUAUGAAGUUGGUGAUGUUCUUGAAAUUCUUCCUUCACAAAGCCCUGAAGCAAUCGAUGCAUUCAUGACUCGCUGUAAUUUAAACCCUGAAUCCUAUAUCAUUGUUAAGCCUAGAAAUAAAGAAGAUUCCUUUGAAGAUGGUGUUGGUGCCUCAAAAGAUCCCAUAAAACUAAAAACAUUUGUCGAGUUGACUAUGGAUAUUGCAUCAACUUCACCCAGACGUUACUUUUUUGAGGUCAUGAGUUUUUUUGCAAGUGCCGAACAUGAAAAAGAGAGGCUUGAAUAUUUUGCCUCACCAGAAGGAAGAGAUGAUUUCUACCAAUACAACCAGAAAGAACGAAGGACUGUUUUAGAGGUACUCGAGGAUUUCCCAUCUGUAGAUAUGCCAUUUGAGUGGUUGGUGCAGCUGACUCCUCCAUUGAAAACACGAGCCUUUUCAAUUUCUUCUUCUCCUCAUGUUCACCCGAAUCAAGUACACCUCACAGUCAGCAUAGUUUCAUGGACAACUCCUUUUAAGAGGAAACGCAUCGGUUUAUGCUCCAACUGGCUAGCUUCCCUUCAUUCUCAUCAAAGAGUCUGCAUGCCAGCAUGGUUUCACAAAGGCUCACUCCCCGCCCCACACCCCUCACUCCCCCUCAUCCUUAUUGGGCCCGGAACCGGUUGUGCACCUUUUCGCGGGUUCGUGGAGGAGCGGGCCUUAAACGCAAGUAAUUCUGGACCGAUUCUUUUCUUUUUUGGAUGUCGAAACGAGGAUAAUGACUUCUUAUACAAAGAUUUUUGGGUUUCCCAUUCGCAAAAUGGAGGGGUACUUUCGGAAGAAAAAGGCGGAGGGUUUUAUGUUGCUUUUUCAAGAGACCAACCGCAAAAAGUGUAUGUACAACAUAAGAUGCGUGAACAAAGUGGGAAAGUGUGGGAGCUUUUGAGUAAAGGGGCGGCGGUUUAUGUUGCGGGGUCUUCGAGUAAUAUGCCGGCGGAUGUUUUGGCGGCUUUUGAGGAGAUUGUGGAGAGAGAAAGUGGGGUGGAGAGAGAAGCGGCGGUUAGGUGGUUGAGGAUGUUGGAGAGAGGUGGAAAGUACCAUGUUGAAGCAUGGGCUUAGUGUGCCUGAUACAGUAUUGUACUAUUGUACUGUAAUACAAGGAAUGGUCGGAAUGGUUGGGGAAACUCCCGCUGUAUAGCUAUUUAUGGUUUAAAAUUUAAAAUUUUGUAGGAUUUAGGUCGAUUAUAAAGGAAAGUGAAGUUUGCACUUUUAUUUUGUUAUUAUAUUUUAUUAUGUGGGUUU